AUGACGAUUUGCUUGGAUCAGCAACUGCAGAUGAUCGAGGAGUUUUCUGCGUUCGAGGUCACCGAUAUUGAACCUUACAUCUAUAUUGAACAUAACUGUGGCUAUGAAGGCCUAGAUCAGAAGCAUUACUUCAUUCGCGCAGUUCCUCCAGAAUUUAUUGUUGAAGGAAACUUUUCAAAAAAAACUUAUCACAUGGGUGAUAUAGAGCUUCUCACAAAAGAAGCACCCGUACAGCAUUAUCAACGUCGUUUGAUUAUUCAUCCGGAUGCAUCAUCUGGAAAACUGUCGCUACACCAACAAGUAGUCGUCACUGGAGGAACUUUGGCUUACAACAAAACAGAACUUGAAAAGCAAGCGUGGGAAGAUCUUAUGCGCAGAAUGUCUACGCCUAUUCCUCCUUUGCCAAUUGGUGGAGAAGUCCGCGAAGAAACUCAUUACACUGAAAAUCGUGUCGAAGCCUAUGAACACAAAGAGACUCAUGAAGAAAUUCAUGAAGGAGUCCCUCCAGAGAGAGCUGAUGAAGAGAAGGAGCGAGAGCGAGAAGAGGAACAACGAAGAAGAGAGGAAGAGGAAAGGAUUAGAGAGGAACAGAGGAGAAUCGAGGAGGAACGCAGGGUGGAAGAACAAAGAAGACUGGAUGAAGUACAUAGGUUGGAGGAGCAAAGACGGAUAGAGGAAGAAAGGCUUUUAGAAGAGCAAAGAAGGAUGGAUGAGAAGCGAAGAUUGGAGGAGCAAAGGCGGUUGGAGGAGGAAAGAAGGUUAGAAGAGGAAAGGCGUUUAGAGGAGGAAAGAAGGUUAGAAGAGGAAAGGCGUUUAGAGGAGGAAAGAAGGUUAGAAGAGGAAAGGAGGUUAGAGGAGGAAAGGAGAUUAGAGGAGCAAAGAAGGUUAGAUGAAGAGAGACGAUUGGAGGAGCAGAGAAGGCUGGAUGAAGCUAGGAAACUUGAAGAAGCUCGUUUGAAAGAACAGGAGGAGCAACGUCGCUUAAAAGAGGAAGGACCCAAACCAAAGGGGCUUCCGAAAAUAAAUCAUUUUAAGGAGGAAAAAGAGCGAGAAGAAGAAGAAGAGCGUUUGAAGGAAACCCAAAUCAGACAGGAAGAGGAGAGAAUAAAGUUAGAAGAUGAAAGAAGGCGGCUAGAGGAGGAAAGAAUCUUGGCUGAGGAAAAACGAUUGAAGCAGGAGGAAGAAUUGCGAAGAGAGGAAGACAGGCGAUAUGAAGAGCUUCGACGCAAGGAGGACGAGUUAAGAAGAGAGGAAGAGAGAAUUCGAGAAGAAGAAAGAAGAAAGGAAGAAGAGUUGCGACGAGAAGAGGAACGCCGGAGAGAAGAAGACUACAGAAAGGAGAUCGAGGCAAGGAGAGAGGAGCAUAGACGGCGGCUGGAAGAGUUCAAAAAAUUGGAAGAACAGAGGAAGCUUGAGAUUGCAAAACUCGAGUUGGAACGAAAAACGUGGAUGGAUAAGAUACGAGAACUUGAGGAAGGGCAGAAGAAAAAGCAACUAAUACAGGUGAUCUGCUCACGCGAUAAUGUCAUUCGAACAACGGCUAUCCGUGAAUACACAGAAGGCGAAGAUCCUUGUGAAAUUUUUACAAAAACUUAG